UGCAAAAUAAAAAAUAAAUAAACAUUUGUUGUGGAAGUCAUACUAACCCCUAUAAUUCUUCGAGUUGUAUUUGUAUGCCCUUGUAUGAUAGUGGAAACAAUACAUUGCUCACAGAGAUGGAAGACACUGUGAAGAAGAUGCUGAAGCUCAUCGAACCAGACGCAGAUUCUUUCGCUAAGCGAGCGGAGUUGUAUUUCAAACGAAGACCGGAACUAAUAAGUUUUGUGGAAGAUGCCUACAGGUCAUACAGAGCUUUGGCUGAAAGAUAUGAUCAUAUUUCGGGAGAAUUACACAAGGCGAACCACACGAUAUCGACUUCCUUUCCCGAUCGAGUCCAGUAUGCCAUGCUAGAGGACGAGGAUAGUCUUCCGAAAGCAAUAACCCCAAUCAAUCCGAAUAAAAUCAACAAACGCACAGUCAUGGGAUUGCUGAAGAAGAAAAGAGAGAGCGAGCCAUCUGGGAAGAAAUCGAAGAAAAAGAGUGCACCCAUUGAUAAGGAAAAGGUGCGGGAAGACAUAAACAAGCUUCAGAAGGGGAUACUGGUUCUGCAGACGGAGAAAGAAUUCAUCAAAAGUUCGUAUGAGUUAGGGAUAGCUAAAUAUUGGGAGGUCGAGAAGCAAAUCAUGGAGAUGCAACAAAAAGUUUGCAAUCUGCAGGAAGAGUUUGACACGAGCGCGAUGAUCGACGAUAACGAAGCUCGGGCCUUGAUGACUCAAACAGUUUUUCAAUCUUGUGAGGAUACAAUUGGGAAGUUGAAGGAGCAGCGAAAGAAGUUAUCCGAACAAACAAAAAUACAGUCUGCGAGAAGCAAACUCGCGAAAGAGAAGCUCAAGGUUCUCAAGCGUGAGGUUGGACGAACUGAGACAGAAAAUACAGAGAAAGACUUGGAGACAAGUCAGGCAGCUGAAAACUCGGAGGAAGAAACUCCUUUAGACAAGGCCAUGAACAUGUUACAGUCGGUGCGCGGGAAGAUUAAGGAACAUUACGAAACGGACCCAGAAAGUCAUGUGAUAGAAAUUACAGAAAAGAUUGAAGAGCUUGCUAAUAAAGUCAUCACACUGGAACUAACGGUUUCAUCACAAACUUUACAAAUUGAUCGAUUAAAGUAUGAAAAUGAUGAGCUUGACAAAUGCAUAGAAACAUUGGAAAGGGAGGAGCAAACAAUUCAGGCUCAUGAGUCAGAUGAGAUGUCAAGUAGAUUGAAGGAAGCCGAAGAGGAGGUAAGCAAAGUAGAUGCGAUUCAGAAAAUGGUUCAAAAUGAGGAAACAAACUUCCUCGAAAACUGCAGGGAAACCUGGCAUAGCCUUAAUGGUAUUUUGAAGGUGCUUCAGUUUCAUAGCGGGGAUUCAUCCUCAGAGGAAGAUGACGCUUUUGUUGACACUGAGCAGACGAAAAAGGGUGAGGAUAAUGCAGUGGCUGAAAUACCUUGUCCUUCUGAGACGCAAGCAAAUUCCCAAAGUGAAAUUUCUUCAGAAAGAAUUGAUGAUACCGGAAUCAUACUUGACGACGGAGAGGAUACUCAUAAAUUGAAGCAAUUAAUUAAGAAUGGUGUAGAAGGUAAAGAACAUAUAUUACUGGCUGAAUUCACAUCUAUCUUGCAAAACUGCAAUGAGACAAAAAGAAGGCUCUCUGAAGUAGAGAAAAGCAAUGAAGACUAUAUUCAAGAGACAAUGGCUCUGAUAGGGGAAUUGAAAGAUGAGAUUGCAACAAAAGACGAGGAGAUAUGUUAUCUACGACAACUGAGGCCAUCUAUUGAGAAAAGUUCUGAUUGCUAUAUCAAGGAUGAUACUGCCACUGUUGAAGAAACUUCUAUUGAGAAAAGUUCUGAAUGCUACCUCGAGGGUGAUGUUGCCACUGUUGAAGAUUCUUUGAAUAGGCAACAAAAGCUGGAAGCCACAUCAAACUCAAUGUUCGGUGUGGAGAACUCCACUGCCGAGCUUCCUGCAGGUCUGACCACUAAAUCUGCAUCAACAGAUGCAAAUGUCAAAUUUCAAGUACAGCGCGCCACUAGUUCACAGCGCAACUAUGAGCCUAGAAGAUAUUCAUCAGUUGACUUUAAAGAAACUAAGAAACCCCAUGGAGAAGGCAUCAAUGCGAGGUGCAUCAGUGAGUCCAGGAUCGUUGUUUCACCAGUCGAAGAAAAGUUCCGCAGGGAGAUUGAUUCUCUACUUGACGAAAGAUUAGAAUUUUGGCUCAAGUUCAGUAUAGCAUUCCAACAUAUACAGAACUUCAGAGCCAAAUAUAAAGAACUAAAAGUAGAUAUUAACAAGUUAACAGACAACAAUCAACAAGAGUGCAUUGAUCUUGCCAAUUGUGAUCGUGAAGUUAAAAAUGAAACAAGUCAGAUUACUACAAGACUCAGAGAAUUGAAGACUGAGCUGCAAGUAUGGUUGGAACAAGGGGAACUUUUAAAUGGGGAUCUACAAAAUAGGUUCUCAUCGCUUUGUAAUAUGCAAGAAGAGAUAUUGAAUGUUCUGAACUCUAAUUCGCAGUUUAGAGAAGCCCUAUUCACUCCUUUCCAAGCUGCAAGACUUCAAGGUGAAGUAAUGAACAUGAAACAGGAGAACAAUAAGGUUGCAAGCGAACUUCAAGAGGCACUAGCUCAAGUCAGAGGGAUUCAAGCUAACACUGAGGCUCAGUUGUCUAAGCUCUAUGAGAACUUUGAACCAUUUAUGUCGAACAAUCAGCUCAGUGAAUGCUUGGACAAUUGUCCAGGUAAGAAUAGCAUACCAUUGCGGGACUUCCUUUUCGGUGUCAAGCCUAAGAAACAAUCUAUUCUUUCACGGAUCCAACAGAAUAAACGUAAGGCUGGGCGUCGGAAAUUUGAUUCAUAG